AUGGGAAGAAAGGAUCUCAAGUCUAAUAUUUUAAAAACUUCAGCUAUUCUAGCACUGACAGCAGUGGCUUCUACUGCUUAAGCCUAAAAAUUCAAUCCUUAUGGAACAAUUAAGAAAAACUUAAUGGGGGAUAAACUGCAUCAUCAUAAUAAGGAAUACUUGUCUGCUUAUGAGUCAUUAAUGGGUCAAAGCAAAAGUCCUGGAGCUGUUUAAGUGUGUAAAUAAUCUGAAAACAAAAUAGAGACACUACCUUACUGGAAUCCUUCAGAUUAAUUUCCAUGCAUGUAUUCUGGGACAUUCUAGACUUCGCUAACUCCCGAAUAAGAUCACAAUCUGUUCUAUUGGCUAAUAAAAAAUACUAAAACAACUGAGUCCCCGAAUCUCGUAAUCUGGCUGGAUGGUGGCCCAGGUUCGACCUCAAUGGAAGGACUAUUUAUUGGAAAUGGUCCCUUGAGAGUGAAAAGGACUGGAGCUGGCUUAGAUGAUUUUAUAGUUGGAUUGAACCCAGAAGGCUCUUGGGCUGACUAAGCUGAUGUGCUUUAUCUUGAUUAACCAGUUGAUGCUGGAUUCUCAUAUGGAAACAGCAUUAUUGAUAGAAUGGAAGAUGGUGCAUAGGAAUUCAUUAAAUUUAUGCAGGCUUUCGCUGCAGUUUACCCAGAAUACAAUCAAGCUAAUUAAGGAAGGAAAAUAUAUCUGAGUGGAUGGUCUUAUGCUGGCAAAUAUAUCCCAGUUUAUGUUCAUCAUCUAAAGUAGAACAAUGAAAGAGAAGGUUAAAUAAAAUUUGAAAUUGGUGGAGUAAUGAUUGGUGAUCCUCUAGCUUCUCCAAUUAUAAUGAGAACUUAAUCCUACACAGUCGCCCAGGCUCUGAAUGUCAUUGAUGAAAGCAAUUUCGCUCAAGUUGAGUCACUUAGAAGAAAAUGCGAAUAAAUGCUGACAUAAGAUUGGGCUUAGGCCUCUGAUACUUGCGAUGGAACUUUGAAUUAUAUUACUGAUGUCUCAGGUGGUUUGAUUACUUUUGAUGCUCGUAAGUUUGACUAUGACUGGAAUCCAAUCUCAGAUGUGGUUGAUGAUUUCUUUGGUAAAUCAAUUUAAAAAGAAGCUAUUUACAAGGCUAUCCACAUUGAUAAGAGCACUCGUGUUCCUAUAUAUCAGCAUAUGAGUGAUAAAAUCUAUCAAGCAUUCAAGUUUGAGAAAAUGCUAGACUAUAGCUACUGGUACAAUAAGCUUAUUGAGAAUAACAUAAAGACUCUUAUUUAUGCUGGAGAGUGGGAUCAAAGAAGUGGUCCGGUAACUGUUGACUCUUUUCUUCAAGGAGUUCCAAAUCUUAACAAGCAUGAUUUUUGGACUCAAGCUAGAAAAGUCUAUUAUGUAAAGAAGACCGAUGGAACUUAUGUGGUAGGUGGAUAUUACAGAGAAGAUAAGGAACAAUAAUUUACUUUCCUAACUCUACCAAAGGCAGGCCAUUUCGCUGCUGGGGAUCAAAUUCUAGUGACAAAUUAGUUCCUUACUGACUAUCAAGUAAGUGAUAGUCUAAUCUGCCAUAAGGAUAAGCAGUUGGAUUGCUAAAACGAAGCAAUGAUGUGCUAACAUAUGAAUUUUUGCAAUAAUCAUGGAACUUGCCAAUCAAACGGAUAAUGUACUUGUUUAUAAGGAUUUAAAAGUGCUGACUGCUCAGAAUAAGCUGUAUAACUAGUACCAUCAUUCCAUUAAAAGUUUGAAACCAAUGGAACAUAGUGGAUUUAUUUCUAAUUCUCUCAAGGACUAUCCUAUAAUCACAAAUAUGAAUUCACUUUAUCGUCAAAACAACCGAUAGAUUUAUACAUAUCAACAGGAUCUGAUAGUGAUCCCAAUGAGUUCUCUCAUGAUUUAGCUUUUAAAGGCUAGAAUUAUAUGACAAUUUAAUCAGAUCAUUUCCCGAGCCUUUCCACCUUUGUGGCAGCAGUUAAGAUUAAUGGUAUUGAUUUCUACAAUAAUGCAUUCCAUUUGAAUAAUUUGAUUGCUAAAUUUGAUGUCAAGAGCUUGUGA